AUGGCCUGGAGUUUCCACGGGAAAGCCCAGCUUGGGGGACUGCUCCUCUCCCUCUUCGGCUGGGUCUGCUCAUGUGUCACCACCAUCCUGCCCCAGUGGAAGACUCUCAAUCUGGAACUGAACGAAAUGGAGACCUGGAUCAUGGGGCUUUGGGAGGUCUGCGUGAAUCAGGAGGAAGUUGCCGUGUGCAAGGCCUUUGAGUCCUUCUUGUCUCUGCCCCAGGAGCUCCAGGUAUCCCGAAUCCUCAUGGUAGCCUCCCACGGGCUGGGGCUACUGGGGCUCCUGCUCUCUGGCUGUGGGUCCGAAUGCUUCCAGUUUCACAGGAUCAGAUGGGUAUUUAAGAGGCGGCUUUGCCUCCUGGGAGGGACUUUGGAAACAUCUGCUUCAGCCACUACCCUCUUUCCAGUCUCCUGGGUAGCCUACGCCACGAUCCAAGACUUCCGGGAUAACAGCAUCCCUGAGAUUGUGCCUCGCUGGGAGUUUGGAGAUGCCCUCUACCUGGGCUGGGCUGCUGGUAUUUUCCUGGCCCUUGGUGGGUUACUCCUCAUCUUCUCAGCCUGUCUGGGAAAAGAAGACGUGUCCUCUCUCCAGAUGGCUGGCCCUAGAGCCCCGCCGUUCUGUGCCCCAGCAAAUGAGUCCAAUGACUCCUUCUAUCUGACACCAAGACCUAGGAACCUGUUCAUCUAGGACCUGCUUCUGCCAAGGAAUCUCCGGAAUAAAGGAAUGUCAGUAGAACCCUUUCCCUUCCUUAUUCUUUACCACCUUCUAUAUAUUUUCCUCAUUUGGGGGU